AGUGUAAUAGUGGUCAGACAGUUGUUAGUGCACAUGUAUUAACGUAGGAUGUGAAAUCAUGCUAUUGCAGUGCGUUAUUCUUUUUGCAUAUGUAUUUUUUAAUCAAUCGUGAAUGGCGAGUCAUGUACUACUUGGAUAGUUCAAAUUUUAUGGGGUGAACUCUAAAAUAUCUUAUCAAAUUUUAGCUUGAUUAAAAAUGAUUGAUGAAAAAGUUGAUGUAAGUUAUGAGUCAUUUAAAGCAAAAGUUAUAGCAUCUUCAGCUCAUAAACAAAAUCAAAACCUUUCAUCCGUGAAGAAGACUUCGGUAAAACAUAUAAAUGUUGAACCGGUGAUUUUUUUUUAUAUAAUUGCUUGUGGUUUAGCAAGUUUGACUAAUCAAAACUUAAAUAUUCAAAAAGCAUGUAGAGUCAACCUAAGAUUCAAUAAAAGUGUAUGUAAUGAACUUGACCUUAAGAACUUUGAUUUCGCUUAUUUCACUGGCGAAGAAAUCAGAGUACAAAAAUUAGUAGCCGACAUGCUUGUUUGGCAGACAAUACUACAAAACAGUAUACCUACUAUUUUUGUAAUAUUUUUGGGUUCGUGGAGUGACCGAAAUCGUCGACGGAGACCAUGCAUGUUAUUACCUAUUUUUGGAGAGAUUAUUAAAAAUCUUGGCCUCAUGGUUUGUGUAUAUUUUUUUGACCAACUUCCAAUGGAAAUUUCUGGUUUGUGGCAAUCGUUACCCAUCGCCCUGACUGGACAUUGGGUGGUUUUAUUCAUGUCUGUUUAUUCCUACGUUGGUGAUAUUAGUACUGUAAAAGAAAAAACAUUGAAAAUUGGUAUGGUAAACUUAACGGUUGCAUUUUGUCUUCCGAUAGGCUCUGCUCUAUCUGGGAUAUUAUACAGAAAGUUUGGAUACUAUGGAAUAUAUGGAACAUCAUCAAUACUGUGCAUUAUCAGUAUAUUAUUGGCUUUUAUUUUAGUUCAGGAUAAAAAUUUAGCAGUAGUUACUGAUUCUAGUAAUUCAUUUUGGUCUCAUAUCAAGACAUUCUUUAAUUUGAAACACGUAAUCAAAGCAUUCCGUGUAAGUUUCAAAAAAUCAAAAAAUCAUAGAAGAUUGAAAGUUAUUGCUUUAAUUAUACUCAUCACCACAAUCAUGGGUCCUCAACAAGGUGAGAAAGGUGUCUUAUAUUUGUUUACUCGUGUUAAAUUCAAUUGGAAUGAAAUGCAGUUCAGCAUUUUCUCGACAUUUUCUGUGGUUAUUAAUCUUAUUGGAACCUGCUUGGUAUUGGGGGUGUUGAUAAAAAAGUAUGAUGUUAGCGAUGCACUAGUUGGUUUAAUUGCUUGCCUAGGGAAAAUUAUUUCUCAAGUAUUAUUUGCUUAUGCAAGUUCUGAGGAAGUUUUUUACCUAGGAGCUAUUUUAAAUUUUCUACAAGGACCUGCUAUUAUCUCUCAAAAGUCUAUUAUCAACAAAAUCAUUCCAGCAGAUGAACUAGUAUUAAUAUCAUUAGGUCAAGUAACUGCAGUUAGCAGUAUUGGAGAGAACAUCAUACCUAUUUUCUGUGGUCCACUUUACAGUGCUAUUUAUGAAAUAACUGUUGGAAAUUUUGCUGGUGCUUUUUUCCUGCUUACAGCUACUAUUACAGUGUUUUCUACACUUAUUUAUAUAAUAUUAUAUGUCCUACAAAGGUUAGAAUUUAAAAUGAAUAAAAAAUGUGUCAAAUCAGAAGGGAUUGGAAAAAUACCAAAUAAAUUAUUCAAAAACAGUUAUGGCUCUAUUACAACAUCUGCUGAAUUACCAAAAAUUUGAGUAGUUGUAUUUUAUUGUCUUUGUUUUAAAAUUGAGUAUAGUGUGACAGUGUUCCACACUCCUAAUGCAUCCAGUGCAGCAGACACAUUAUUUACUGAUAUGUUCUAAAGUUAAGUGACGUCUGCUACUAUAAGCUCUCAAAUGGGUCACCAUACCAUACGAGAGCUUUUACAGCAGUGUCACUGGUGCAGGAGACAACAGGAAACCUUCACUGCACUUGACUUUCUCCUUGGUACACAACAGUUCAAUUGUAGUUGACUGGUGUCAAACCAAUCUUCGAGUUGAGAGUUAACAUAUUUUUUUUUUAAAUUGUUAUUUUCUUUUACUUACUUAUAAAUAAGUAAAUGAGUGUUAGGAUUUUUAAAAGACAAUUAAAAAAAAAAAUAUAAUUUUAUUGAAUAACUGCUAACAAUAUACUAUAUCUCAAUUAUAUAGUUAAACUUUUAACAAAAUCCAAAAUCACAAUUAAAAUUGAUUAAAAAAAUGCAAAAACUGAUUGAUAAAUAGAUUUUAACAUUUUUACCACAAUUAAAAUAUUUAUAAAUUUAAACUAAGUAUUAAUAUAAGCUAAUUUAAAUGAUUUCUUUUACAGAUAUUAAAGUAAAAACAUACACAUAUCAAAAAAAAAAUAAAA